AUGGGUGAUUAAAUCUAAAAUAAUAAUAUGAUUACAAUGAGGCCGCCUAAAAUUAAAAAUAAGGCAGCUAAUCCUAUAUAGAUAACAGCUGAACAGCUUUUGUAAAGAGCCUUUUUAGAUAGAAAGAAACCCUUUGUAGAACCUGACUAUAGAAUUAGAGAUGAAGAUGAUCUUAAUGAAAUUAAAUAGAGAAAAAGGAAAGAAUUCGAAAAUAAAAUUAGGCAAUAGCGUUUCCAUAUGGGACAUUGGAUAAAAUAUGCAGUUUUUGAAGAAGGACUGCAAGAGUUUAGAAGAGCUAGAAGUGUUUAUGAAAGAGCAUUAGAAGUAGAUUAUAAAAAUAUUUCUCUAUGGCUUAAAUAUAUUGAAAUGGAAAUGAGACAUAAAUUCAUCAAUCAUGCCAGAAAUGUAUUUGAAAGAGCGAUUGAGUUGUUACCAAGAGUUGAUCAAUUCUGGUACAAAUACGCCUAUAUGGAGGAAAUGAUUGCAAAUUAUGUAGCAGCAAGAAAUAUUUUUUAAAGAUGGAUGGAAUGGAGACCUGAGGAAAAGGCUUGGUUAGCCUAUUUAUCUUUUGAAUAGCGUAUGGGAGAAGUAUAAAAUGCAAGGCAAGUUAUGUACAACUAUAUGGAUGCUUUUCCAAGACUAAAAACAUACUUAAAGGUGAUUAAAUUUGAAAUAAAGCUAGGUUAUAAAUAGGAAGCUAGACAAUUAUUUGAAAAAACAUUAGAAGAGCUUGGCCAAGAAGCUUUAAAAGAAGAAUAUUUCGUUAAUUUUGCAAAGUUUGAAAUUAGAAACUAAGAAUAUGAUAGAGCUAGAGAAAUCUUUAAGUUUGGUUUAGAAAAUAUUCCCAAAGAAAAAUCAAAAAAAUUAUAUGAAGAAUAUUUAAGCUUUGAAAAGUAGCAUGGUACAAAAGAUGAUAUCGAUGAGCUUAUUUUCAACGAAAGACGUCUUCAUUACAAAUUGCUAAUUGCAGAAAAUAAAAUGAAUUAUGAUGCUUGGUUUGAUUUGGUUAAUUUAGAAAUAGCAACUGGUAAUAGCGCUAGAACAAGAGAUACAUUUGAGCAUGCAGUUAAAAAUGUGCCACUUGCACAAGAAAAAAGACUUUGGAGAAGAUACAUUUAUUUAUGGUACAAUUAUGCUACUUUUGAAGAAAUGGAAGGCAAUGACCCAGUUAAAGCUAAAGAAGUUUAUGAAAGAGCACUUAAGUUAGUGCCUCAUAGCAAAUUCACUUUCUCUAAAUUAUGGGUUAUGUAUGCUCACUUUUAAGUUAGACACGAAAAUUUAGAAGCAGCUAGAAAGAUUUUUGGAACAGCUAUUGGUAAAUGUCCAAACGACAAACUUUUCAGAGAAUAUAUUGAUCUCGAAUAUAAGUUAGCUAACAUUGAUAGAGUUAGAAAGAUUUAUGAAAAAUACAUUGAAGUUUUCCCUGAUAACCCAGAUCCUUUCAUUCAAUGGGCUCAACUCGAAAAGAGUCUGCCUGAAUUAGAAAGAUACAGAGCCAUUUUUGAUCUUGCUAUUAAUCGCCCUACUAUGAAUAUGCCUGAGAAAGUAUGGAAAGCUUAUAUAGAUAAUGAAAUAGAAUUAGAAGAAAACGAGAAUGUUAGAAAUUUAUUUGAAGAACUUUUAAAAAGAUCUAAGAACGUUAAAAUUUGGCUUAGUUAUGCAUCUUUCGAAGCUAAAAUCGAUGAUAGAGAAAAAUGUAGAGCAGUAUACACAAGAGCUGAAGAAUACUUCAAAGCAGAGAAACUUAAAGAAGAAAGAGCUAUAAUAUUAGAAAGUUGGAGGAAAACAGAGCUUUAAUUUGGAGAUGCUUAAUUUAUUGCUUAAAUUAAUGCCAAAUAACCUCAAAGAGUAAAAAAAGAAAGAAAAAUUGUAAUUGCAGAAGGAGAUAUAGAAGAGGAAGCAGGUAAAGAGGAAUACUACGAUUAUAUUUUCCCUGGCGAAGAAGAAGGAUAAAACCUAACUAAACUUAUAUAAAAAGCUAAGCAAAAAGCACUUGAGAAGAAGCUAAAGGAAUAAGCUGAAAAUCAAUAGAAUGCCUGA